UUAUAUAUAUACACACACACAUCAAAGGGACCAGCUUAAACUACUCAAAGAGACUAUUUGGCUCUAUCGACCAUCGUACGUACGUGUCUCUGCUUCCAUAUAUAUUGCUUCGUUCACUAUCAAGACAACGGCAACAAAAUUAAGGCGACGAACGAGACAAAUACUAGGACAACAUGCCUAAGGGUCGACCGCUUUCUUUGCAGACUGUGGAGCUGAAAGUGAGGAUGUGCUGCACUGGCUGUGUGAGGGUUGUCAAAGAAGCCAUUCACAAACUUAGAGGGGUGGACUCGGUAGAGGUGGAGCUGGAGAUGGAGAAGGUGACGGUGAUAGGGUACGUGGACCGGAACAAAGUGAUAAAGGCGGUGAGGAGGGCGGGGAAGCGGGCGGAGUUCUGGCCCUACCCCAAUCCUCCUCUCUACUUCACCUCCGCCAACAACUACUUCAAGGACACCACCGUCGACUACAAAGAGACCUACAACUACUGGCGUCACGGCUACAACGCCGCCGACCGCCACGGCGCUCUUCACCUCACCCACCGUGGUGACGACAAAGUCAGCAACUUCUUCAAUGAUGACAAUGUUAAUGCAUGCACCCUCAUGUAAAUCAAUUAAUUAAUGUCAUCUCUCCAACUUUUAAUUA